CACCUUUCAUUGAAAUACAAUCAUGGUUAAAGCAAAAAUGUGGGUCCUCAAAAAACAUUUUGAGGGUUUUCCAAAGGAAAGUAACUUUGAGCUGAGAGAAGAAAUUGUGCCUGAGCUCAAAGAUGGAGAUGUGCUUGUGGAGGCUAUUUAUUUCAGUGUUGAUCCAUACAUGAGAGCUCUGAGUAGAAUGUGGAUGAAUGAGGGAGACGUGCAGUAUGGAACUCAGCUGGCAAAGGUGCUAAAGAGCAAGGACCCAGAAUUUCCUGAGGGAUGUUACGUGCUAGCUGAGUGUGGGUGGAGGACACACACUGUAACCAAAUCGAAGGGCCCAAACGGGCCCAUCUUGACCCAAAUAGUACCUGAAUGGCCCAAAGACAUUCCAAUGUCCCUGGCCCUUGGUUCCUUAGGGAUGCCUGGUUUAACCGCCCUUUAUGGCCUGGAAGAGGUAUGCAAGGUACAGCCUGGUGAAACUGUGCUGGUAAGUGCAGCAGCUGGUGCAGUAGGUGCAAUGGUUGGUCAAAUCUGCAAGAUCAAAGGCUGUAAGGUGGUGGGUUCAGCAGGUACUGAUGAAAAAGUGGCAUAUCUGAAAGAGCUGGGCUUUGACCAGGCCUUCAAUUACAAAACUGUCCCCUCACUGGAUGAAGCGCUGAGGAACGCUUCACCUGAAGGAUAUGACUGCUACUUUGAGAAUGUGGCUGGGCCGUUCUUUACUGCAGCACUGAACAACAUGAAGUCAGGAGGCCGUAUUGCUGUCUGUGGUGGAAUAGCAACAUACAAUGACACAACACCACAAAUGUGUCCUUAUCCUCACCAUGUGAUAAUUACUCGGCAACUUAAGAUAGAAGGCUUUAUGGUGGCACAGUGGAAACACAAAGAUGAAGAGUCUGUCAAGAGAAUGCUGCAAUGGAUGAAAGAGGGCAAGCUGAAGACAAAGGAAGUGGUCACUGCUGGCUUUGAGAAUAUGACAACUGCCUUCAUGAGGAUGCUGAAGGGGGAUGGAAUCGGGAAGGCUAUCAUUAAAGUGUGAGACGAGAUUUCGUCCAAGGGCUG